AAUUGUUCGAUUCUUUGUCUAAUGUGCUUUGUUGUCACUGAUGCAAAACCUUCAUGUUGGAUACCAAAAGGCCAGUUCAUGAGCUUAAAAUGCGAGGAAUUGAGCAGCUUCACGGAGAUAAGCAGUGUCCUUCAUUUACCAGCAAGGAACCUUCAGCAGCUAACUAUCCAAAGUAGGGAUACAAAGCUAACCAUUGGAGCAGCCAACAGUUCUGUGAACAUGCCGAGAUUGUGGUUCCUCAAUCUGUCCGACGUGUCACGUCUGGAACUUCUCAGUGAAGGCUUCUCCAAAUACCCAAAUCUGACUGAUAUCGACAUCACUGGCUGUGGCUUAGAACAACUGCUAGACUCGCACUUUGCCAUCGAUUCCAUGGUGCACUUGCUGAAGGCAGAUCAAAACAAGCUUAGUUCUCUAUCGAAGGAUUUGUUUAACAGACUUCCCCGUUUGCAAAAGGCCUAUUUCAACUAUAAUGGUUUGAGCCAUUUGGAAUUGCCGCAUAUGCCAAAUCUUAAAGUACUGGAGCUUCAAGGAAAUAAGUUAACUGAUUUCAACCUUUACAGUUGUCCACGCUUGGAGCAUCUCUAUCUCAAUAACAAUCAACUCACUCAGUUUCAGAUUACACCACCAGCAGAAGGUUUUAACUCAUCGACUACGAAGCAAUUUCCAUUGCGAUUAUUGGAUCUCGCAUUGAACAAGAUAAGUGUGCUUCGCGAAAACCAUUUCGAAUUGCUGGGUGAACUUGAAAUACUGGAUUUAUCUGGCAAUGAAAUCACCACCCUGAAGAGUGCUCACUUAUCAGAUCUGACUUCCUUACGCCAUUUGCAUUUGGCUAUGAACUACAAAAUUGAGCUACAAGAACACACAUUUGAAGGCCUCGAGCAACUGGAGACGCUUGACUUGUCAUUCAAUGGUCUCGAAAAUCUGGAUCCGCAUCUCUUCGGCUACAAGCAGGUGGACAAGCAAGGGCUUUAUGAGUACUUGCCAAUGGUUUACAUGCGUGCGCUUUAUCUAACGGGCAAUAAGCUCCAGCAUCUGCACCCUAGAACCUUUGAGAAAUUGCCUUUUUUGGAAUACCUCACGAUUGGCAAAAAUGCAUUUCGUGUGCUUUCCGCGGGCCUGUUUGCCCCAAUCCGAAAUCUGAGGAUGCUUUCUGUGAGUCACAAUCAAUUGACGAAGAUAAGCAUAGAUUUUCUGCAGACUAUAAGCAACAUCACGACUCUAUAUAUUGACUACAAUCAGCUGUCUUCUCUACCCGACUUGAAUGGGACGCUGCCCAAUUUGGAGGGUAUGGCCAUCGAGGGAAAUCCCUGGCAAUGCGACCUCUUUGCCCAAACGGAGCGUUGGCUGAUCUCAAGAAAAAUAGCGUAUAUAAGGGAUGAUAUCGGCCUUCUUAGCAGCGAAGAGAAGCCCAUCUGCAUUUGAGAAUUGUGUGUGUAUGAAUUUCCAAUGUUUUUAAAUAUUUAAUUCUGUAAUAUCAAAAUUAA